AUGGUUCUACACGGUGCUCCUCUUCCUCCAGCUUAUUCAAGAAACGAAACUUGUGUUGCUUGCCACUUACCUAUCACCGGAGACCAGCUGAAAUGCCAAAACUGUCCCAAUCUCUCGUUCUGUUAUCCCUGCUAUGAUUCUGAAGCCUCCCGCCGUCACACUUAUGAACACAACUUUGUACGAUACGUUCUCGAUGCUCAGACCGGACAACGGUAUCCUGCUCAUCAAGCAGACUGCGAUGUGUGUCAAAAACCAAUCACCACCAGCUUUUACAUGUGCAAGCCGUGUUUGGAUUACGGUGUGUGCGAGCCAUGUUUUAAGAAUUCCGCAGAGGUUUUAAAGCAUCGCAAAACCCAUUAUUUUUAUAAAAUUGAUGACUUUACAUCUCUUAAAUUACAAGCGGAUCAGAUUAUUUUACCCAAGCAUAACUUUGUUUGUGAUGGCGUUAACUGUCGAGGGAAAAAUAAACACAUUGUGGGCAACAUGUAUCUUUGUGAAGUAUGCACCGACUUUGGUUUAUGCGAGGCCUGUGAAUUAAGUCCAUUAAACGAUCACAAUGUGACUCAUGUUGUUCGGAAAUUCAGACAUCCAAUGUCACAAAAAGAUUUUGAGUCAACAAAGCAAAAAAUUGCAGCAAAAGGGGAGGCUGAUGUGACCAAUGCAGCUUUUAAUAAUGGAAUGAUGACGCUGAUGAGAGCCAGAGUUAAUGCUACAAACGCAUUUGGAUUUGCUCAGAAUCCAACUCAUGGGCAAUGGUAA